GAUCAUGUGAUCAUGUUGCCCUGCUGGCCAAUCAACACAAGUCUUUACUCUGAAGAGAGGAGAAAGUGUCGGGCUGUUUGUCAUUCAACACGACGAUUUCAACAUGAAGAAAUCUCCGAAGUUCGUUCUCUACCUGACAUGUUUCUUCUUGGGGAAAAUGGUUCAGAUGCAUCAAUUUAUCUUGUCUCAUCAAGACAGCGUAUUUAAAUCAGUUGAUGUUGGAGACAACUUGAAUUUGCAGUGUUUCUAUGAGGGGGAGGUCAAUAACCUUUAUUGGUACAAACAAACACCAGGACAGAAACCUCGAAUUAUCUCAAUGACGUACAAAUUCUCUAAAGAUUUUACGUUAUUGAAUGAAUUCAAGGACAAUCGACGUUUCACUGUGGAAACUAAUGAUGUUGUGAGUCACCUUAAUAUCUCAGAUCUGCAGCUUUCAGACUCAGCUACUUACUACUGUUUACAGAGUCGUUCAUAUGUGUUUGACUUCAUGGAGGGCGUCACUGUCAGUGUGAAAGGUUCAGGGUCUAACAUCCAGGCUGUGGUGCAUCAGUCUGAGAGCAUCCAGCCAGGAGACUCUGUGACUCUCAGCUGUACAGUUCACACUGGGACCUGUGAUGGAGAACACAGUGUUUACUGGGUCAAGAACUCUGAAGAACCUCAGCCAGGACUCAUUCACACCCACGGAGACAGGAACCAUCAGUGUGAGAGGAAACCCGACACAAAGACACACACCUGUGUCUACAACUUGUCAAUGGAGAGACUGAACCGUUCUCAUGCUGGGACCUACUACUGUGCUGUCGCUGCAUGUGGACACAUUGUGUUUGGAGACGGGACCAAGCUGGAGUUUGAUGGUGAGGUGGACUGACUGGUGGUUUUCUUGAGUGCAACUUCAGCAUUCACCACCCUGCUGAGUGUUCUAAUGGCUUUCUCAAUAUGCAUGAUGAGUGAAUGUGUGUACUUGAGUGUGAGGCAGUAGAGCUGGACACCUUCUGUAUUUGUCUCUGUGUUUAAUCACAACAAUAUGUCCUUACUGAUAUCAGGACAGUCCUAUGAAUUAGAUCUUUACCUCCAUGUAAAACAUGUGAAGCUUCAGCUUGUAAUCAUCUAAAUAAAACAAGUUUAAUUUGUA